GCGAGAGAGAGCGAGCGAGAGCGAGAGAGAGAGAGAGACUCGCUAAGCAACGACCUGCCAACGGGCAUCAGAGCCAGUCCGAGCAACAAAAAAGCAGGAACCACAUUAAUCUCGAGUGCCUUUGCUAUGUUCCCGACGACAUCUCUGCUCCGUCUGCUGUGAUCUCUCCCAAGUUCCAUCUCUCCGGACGUCGCCUCCAGCAGAAGAUCCAGACGUUGAUGCAUCUUGCUGCCCGUCGCUGUUAGCUUUGACCCGCUAGAAGGAAAUCCUGCAAGAGGGAUUAGCGGUCCGUCAAUGAGGAACUACCGGCUCAUCUUCUGCCACAACCUGAAGCAGCCAUAGAUGGUUUGGUGGUUCACUGGCUAAGGCAAGAGAAGACCGGACACACUUUCACUGCUUCACGACGUGAGGUCUUGGCGGGGCUGUCGUGAGGAGGAGGAGGCGGCCAUGAGGAAGAGCGUGUCUCCGUUGCCAGGCAAUGAGGGCGGGAGCUCAGCCAGCACCACGCGUGUUUUUGGCGUUCCUUUGGAGGAGGUGACACGCACGCACGCCAUCAGUGGCCACGAGGUUCCUGCACUCGUGAAGCACAUUGUCGACUACAUCGAGGAGCAUGGUCUUCUGGACCUGGAGGGGCUCUUCCUUGUUAACGGCAACGCGGAGCGCGUGGAUUGGCUGCGCCAGCGCUAUGACAGUGGGGAGGAGGUGGAGCUAGAGAAGGAGGCGGACCUGGCGUCAGCGGUCAGUCUGCUGCGACUCUUCCUGCAGGAGCUUCCUGAGCCGGUGAUCCCGACGGCCAUACAGGGUCACAUUCUACAGCUUCACCAAGAUUACAGCAAUGAAGAAGAUCUGUGUAGAAACCUGAAGUACCUGCUGCAGCAGCUUCCCCAGCUCAACUACGGCCUGCUGCGCUUCCUGUGCCGCUUCCUGGCCAGCGUGGCCUCCCUCCAGCAGGAGAGCUGGAACAUCGGCACGCUGGCCGCUGUCUUCGGGCCCGACAUCUUCCAUCUGUCAACUGAAGGAGAGGACCUUCGGGACCAGGAGUCUGUCAGCAGAGUGCUGGCGGAGCUGUUGGACAACCAGGAGGGCCUGUUUGACUCCGAGGAAGAUGACGUCUCCACCACCAACGACUACAGCUCCAUCAACGAACAGAUCACAGAGCUGUUGGACGACGAGAAGUGCGAGACCGAAUGUGAAGAGCUGCCUCAGGACGGAGAGGAGGGUCCCGUCUCCUCCUCCGACUCACCACGACACACACUCGCCCAUGACGACCCCGCCGCCAGUUCCCACCUCUCCUCCAUAUCCAUCCUGCCUGCUGACUCUGCAGAGAUAAUCCAGCGAACCAUCAGGGCCGCGGUGGAGCAGCACUUCUUGGAGCUGAAAACCUCCAUCGACACCAACUACGACAGCCGGGGGGUGAGUCCCAGUGAGCCUGCAGAACAAGGUCGCCAUGGAGACGAGGCGCAACAAACUGACCCCGAGGACAGCCCCUGCCACACAGAAGGGGAGACCCCGCUCACACCGAGCGAGCAGCUCGUACAACAAAGCCAGACGGACACACGGGAUCCCUUUGCCCCCGGCGACGCCCUGGAGGAGAGCUCUGGAAUGGACCUGGACGCCGAGGCCGCCCCAGAUGCUGAGAACAACAUCAACACCGCCAGGCAGGACAAUCGACCCUGUGACAACAUGGAGCAGACUCAGGCUGACACCAUCAGCUGUGAUCCGAAUUCAUGCCGCUGUGAUCAGAACGCCAACAACAGCAAGACCAACAGGAACCACCUGUCGCCAUGCCAACCAAAAUCCGGCCACAACCCUCAUCUGCAACUCUUCCCUGACAGCCAAUGGGAAGCAUCACCCCCCUCCCAUGUCCCUCCCAUAGACUUCUCAUGUAUGCAUCUGCAAAAAGAAGGCCAAGACCCCGUCCCCGCUUUCAAGUCCUGGCAGGACGAGAGCGAGAGCGGAGAGGCUCAGCUCUCCCCGCUGGCCGGCCGCAUGGUCACCCUCCCUCCCCUGCUGCUGCUGGAGGAGGAGGACGUGGGGGAGGGAGGGCAGGAAGCCUCCUCCUCUUCCUCCCGCUCCCACGCUCACCUGCCGGCGCGGCGCUUUCUCGACUUCGGAGCGCACGGCGCCCAGCGAUUCCUGCAGCAAGACCCGGACGCCACCUCUCCCACCAAAGCACAGAGGCCGCGGCGAGCGUCCUUCGGCUCCAAAGAGGCAAUGAGAGGAGGAGAUUCAGUGACCCACCAACUCACCAAGAAACUUCAGCACCUGAAGAAGAAAAUUAAGCAGUUUGAAGAGCAAUUUGAGAAUGAAAGGAACUAUAAGCCUUCUCAUGGAGACAAGGCCGCUAACCCCAAAGUCCUCAAAUGGAUGACCGACCUCACAAAGAUCCGCAGGCAGAUUAAAGGACCCCAGCACCACCUUUUACCCAGAAGCACGCUGAGGCACCAGGCUUUGCUCCAUUCAUACAGACGCCACCAUGCUCCCUCCUUCCCUCCCCCCUCCUCUAUCUGCUCACCUCCCCAUCACACACUCACCCCCCCGCUGCACCCCUACUCAGGCCUGAGCUUUAGACCGGGUCACCUCAAUGCUAAACACCGUGCAGAGAGCGAGCUCGGGCCUCAGACUCGUCCUCGGAGCAACACCUUACCCAAGAGCUUCGGCUCCACGCUGGACCAAGGCGCUCCCGACGCAGCGGAUGCGAAGGGUCCGGGUCCCACCAGGGAGGAGACGCUGGAGCUGAUCCAGCACCGGGUCAAAGGGAAGCGGCAGGAGGACGGCUGGCCCGAUGACAUCAAGAAGAUGACCAAGGAGCAGUUGUCCAGUGAGAAGACGGUCCUUCAGAAGAACCUGCUGCACUACGAGGGCCUGCAUGGUCGACCGGGGACCAGAGAGGAGCGGCUGGUGGUGAAGCCUCUCUACGAUCGCUACCGACUAGUCAAACAGAUGCUCACCAGAGUCAGCAUCACACCGGUCACCGUGUCGCCCUCCAGUAAGAGGAGGAGUCAGACCCUGCAGCCAAUCAUCGAGGGCGAAACCGCUCACUUCUGGGAGGAGAUCAAAGAGGAAGAGGAGGAGGAGGAGGAGGGCGAGGAGGAGCGGAAAGAAGGAGAAGGAAAAGAAGAAAACAAGAGGGUGGAGGAGCGGGAGGAGGAGGAAGAAGAGGAGGACGAGGAGGAGGAAGGAGAGAGCAGCAGCGGCGGGGAGAUGCAGAGCUCCGAGGUCAUCAUGGCCGUCGACCUGGUGACCUCGUCCGAGGGCUCGGGGAGGAGCCAGAAGCAGCCGGACAGGCAGAGCGACUGUCCAAUGAGAGCCACGGUGGAGGAGGGGUCGGGCAAGCUGGCGCUCGACCUGCGGCUGUCCAGCUCCAACGCCUCGUCCAUGCCAGAGCUGCUGGAACAGCUGUGGAAGGCCAGAGCAGAGAAGAAGAAGCUGAGGAGGACCAUCCGAGAGUUUGAGGAGGAUUUCUAUCAGCAUAAUGGAAGGUAUGUGCAGAAGGAGGACCGGGUGCCGAUGCUGGAGGAGUACAGGGAGUACAAGAGGAUCAAGGCCAAACUCCGCCUGCUGGAGGUGCUCAUCAGCAAACAGGAUUCCUCCAAAUCCAUCUAGACCCGCCCCCCCCCCCCCGUAACCAGCUGUCACCGCACACGUCCAGGACGUCCACGACCGGGUGAAACAAACCCAUCACAUGACUUGCCAGGAAGCGGAGACCCACGCCUCAUGACCUCCACCUGGUCCGCUGCAUUUAUGUCCUGGAGAAAGGAGCCACAGCGCCGUGUGCACGGGAGCGUUUCCACGCACCUUCUGACGGGUUGAACCUCUGUUUUAAAGUUUUUAGAAGUACUUCGGUCAGGAGUUGGUGACACCGUGCAGACUGCUGUCAGGAUCAGGAUCAGGAUUAAGGAGGCUAGUUUAGUUCUGACCAGAGCAAACAUGCGUCCAGUUAAACACGACGACUGUUGUCUCCUGGCAGAAAAACCACCGUGUGUGCUUUCAAGAGCUUCAUCGGUCUAACGAAUCUUAACAAAGUAAAAAGUAAAGAGGAAUUUGCUAAAAGGACGUUUUUAGUUUGUGACACUUUGCUGGUGGGACGUUCGUCCUGAGACGCCCCGUUAGUGAACUUCGUGCAUUGAAGAAUUAGCAGAUCUUUGCACAUUUUAAGCAAUUUUAUCACCUGAUCGGUUCAUUGAUUUUAUAGAUUUAUGAUAAUUUAUGUGGAACUACAUUUAUUCAUUUCAGGACUCUCAUUCCAGUUUGUUGGAAGCUCUGACUUGAAUAACUUUUCCCCAUGACAUGAAUGCAGCUCCACCCUCAAAUCCCUCCGUCAGCCACAUCUGGUCCUCCGCUGCAGUUUGGAGACACAGGAAUCUUCUCUGUGUUUGUCUCCAUCACUAAAGACUUUGACUCGUCUCCUCGUGUCACAGAAACAACAUUCAGACUUUUUCCUUUCGGGACCUUUUUCAUGUUUCCUUUCCUUCCUGUGGGGACGGCUCGAGGACGCUCUUCACUUCAGACACUUUAUUUGGGACGUCUUAUUGCGCGAGGAGUCCCUCCUCCGCCUCGUGUCUCCGUGGAGCCAUGUGAUCGAUUCUGUUCUGUGAAACAUCGUGGACGCUUCGCUCCUCCGGACUCAUCUUAACCUUCGUUCAAAGAGAAGACGUGUAUACAUACGUGUUUGUGGGACACUGCCGUGACGUCAUUCAUCCCCGUGUGAGCGUGCAGCUGUUUGUUUGAGUCCUUUUUGUUUCUAAUGUUGUGCGAAUGCUUUUUCUUUUUGACAAUAUUUGUCGAAUAAGAUGAACACAGCGUUUGAACUUAGUUUCCCAUGAGCCUCUCAGGUCGUUUCCCGCUCAAACGUCUGAUGUCGGAUGGCACUUAAAGGCACCAUUUGACUGAAGAUGCUCAUAGGAAACAGUCGUACUCGGAAUAGGAGAUUUUAGGGUGUAGAAAUGAUCGAUGAAGAUCUGGACUUGUUUUUCCCCUUGAUUCUCGUGCCGUGUUGAGCUUGCUGGGGGGGGGUUGGGCAGGUCCUGAGGGAUUCUGGGUAAUAAAAGCUGUGGAGGGGAGCCAGUAUCUGGUGCGCUGAAGGCACGUUGGUGGAAGUGGCCGAUUCACCGCUGGCAGGUGAAAUGAGGGCGCGUGAGGAGUUGGACCUCUUGUUGUUUGUGUCGGGGGGGGGAUUUGAAACGGAGACCUUUGGAGGUGAGAAGCUUCAGCGGGUGGAGUUUCUACCCAGAACCCCUUUGGCUCGUGAGACGUUCAAAGCCAGUAAGACAAAGCAGCGCUGUUCUUGCCUCGGUCCAAGCGGGUGUGAAGAUUUGAAAUCAACGGUUGAGUCUUUGGAUCUUUUAGUGUCGGGGACGCUUGAGGAGGGUAAGUGGGGGGGUCGAUGUAAAAAGAUGUUAUUUGCACAGCGUUCACAGAAUGCAGCCCUUUGUGUUGUUUUCAUCUGUUAUUUCUAAAAAUCAAGCACUACUUCUAUACAAAUAUAAAUAUAUAGUGUACAUAAAAAAAACACCCGAAGGAAUGAAUGUCAGAAAUGUUUAAAUUAUUUCAAACAUUAUGUUUGAUCCCCUUUGGUUGAUAAUGUUUGUGAUGCCCCGAGAAUGUGUUUUUUUAAUGAUAAAUAUCACUAUAACUAUCAUAAGCAUUACUUUGUGUGAUCAUAACCCUUUUGUAUCUACUCAAAGAACGCAGCUGUAGUCGUAAGUCACUGGCUCACCCGACGUGAAGCCGCCUGCACGGCGCCUGCGUGGCCAAAAGAACCCAACAACACGAUGUAUUGCUCAUGAUUUGUGCCAUGAAGAAGCAGCAAUAAUAAAGUUUUGCGUGGAGGUUUUACAGUGUUGGUUUGUGGGUAAAGUGCAGGGUUUGACUGUGUGAAUAAUUGAGGUACAACACUAUUGUUGGUUUGUGAGCUUAACGCACGUGUCGUCUGCUAAAUGUUCAUGUUGGCGCUGCUGAAAAACCAAAAGAAUACGAUUUUUAGGUGAAUAGGGAUUGAAAAGCCAGCCAGAUGUGUCCAGAUGUGUCGUGUCUGAAAACGUUUUAGUAUUUAUCGUCAAACGGUCCAUCAUCCAUCGCUGAAAUGCGUUUCGUUGACGUUUUAGCUUUUUUUUUUUUGUCUAAAAAGGUGAGCGGCCGAUUUGUUUGCCGCCUCAGUUUCUUCAAAACAACUUUAUUUACAUUGUGCCUGCAACCGAGUGGUGAAUUCACGUCGUAAACCGUUGUGUGUCUUUGUGUGUACACAAUGUUCCGUCUCACGCAGCCAUCAGACAUGCAUGCUACUUUCACACAUCUGGAAUUCACAGCACGCGCUUCUGUCAGAGAUGCAAACGAUCUUCUAUUUGAGAUGUAUUUUAGCCUCCAAUGUCACUUUGUCCUUAAGCGGAGAUUUAAGGAGUCAGUCACGUGACUCAUGGAGGACAGUUAGAACUGAUACUUGACAUCUUUGAUAAGACUUGCUGUGAAUUCCUGAGCAGAGAUGAUUCCUGCAGGUCUUUACUGUUAAUACUGUUUAAUCACAUCAAUAUACUGUAUGCGUGUAUGUAUCUAUAAAUGUUUUCUUACUUUGAAUGCUUUUUUUCUGUUAGUUCACUAACAAAAAGGCUGGGAAAAUACAAUCAGUAACAAACUAUUAUACCCGAAAAAAUAAAAUUUACAAGCUUG